AUGGAUUGUGUGCGUGUGUUGCUUCAGUGCGCGGCUCUGCUCGGCCUCUCCGGGGCCUUCAGCCAUCAGGACGUGAAGGACGCGCUGCUGCAGAAACUCGGCCUGGAUCAGGUUCCUCACAUCCACAAACGGGACUUGGAGAACCUGGUGAUACCGGCGCGCAUGAAAAACAAGUACUCGUCCCUGCUGAAGGUGCAAGGCAGCAGGAUGCGCAGAUCUGUGCCCAGCCUGGCGGGCAUUCUGAGGGGGGCCCCCGGCAGUGCAGAUGUCUCCGGGGAGUUCGUGUACUCGGACGCCACCCGGCACCGCAUGGUGUUCAACAUGGAGGCCAGGAUCCCGGAGAACAGCGAGGUGACCAUGGCCGAGCUGAAGCUCUACCAGCGACCUUCUCACCACAAGCGCUUCACGGCGGAGCGGAGGAGCCACCGGCCGGUGAGCAGCGCCAUGGUGAGCAUCUACUGGGUGGAGGUGCUGCCCGGAGGCUCCAACCGGACAGCCCUGGUGGAUUCACGGCUGGUCCCCAUUCACGAGACCGGCUGGAAGAGCUUUGACGUCACCCAGGCGGUGCACUACUGGUCCAAGAUGCAGCAGCACGCGACCCUCAUGCACCUGGAGGUGUGGAUCGAACCCGAGAGACCCGGAAGCCACGCUGCAGAGAUGGCCAGGAGUGUCCGCUUUACCACCGAGCAGCAGCCGGACAUGGAGAAGCCCGAGCUUGUCCUCUACACGCUCAGCCUGGAGGAGUACGGCUCUGGUGGUGACUGUGACGUAAACCCAAAGCGAGGCGUGUGCUGCAGGGAGCAGUACUUCAUCGACUUCAGCUCGCUCACCUGGACUCAGUACUGGAUCAUCGAGCCAGCCGGGUACCAGGCCUACAGGUGCACCGGAGGCUGCAAACAGCCCCAACGCAGCCACGGCUACGGGGAGCGGCGCUGCGUGGUGUCGGAGAGCUCCACGCUGCCCAUCAUGUACCUGGUGAAGAAAGAGGACCACACCGAAAUCGAGGUGGCCGAGUUCCCCAACAUGAUCGUGGAGAAGUGCGCGUGCAUGCUGGACAACGUGUCGCUCGUGUGA